GACGUGGAGUGGUCCACCGAUGUCAUGGAUGCAGCGGCUGAGAAUGGCCAUCUCGCCUUGGUGAAAUGGCUCCAUGAGAACCGCACAGAAGGCUGCACAGCGAACGCGAUGGACUACGCUGCUCGCAAUGGCCACCUUGACCACUUGGAAGUAGUCAAGUGGCUCCACCAGAACAGAACAGAGGGCUGCACCGAAAGUGCGAUGGAUGUAAGAUGGAACGGACACCUGCAGGUGGUCCAGUGGUUGCACUCCAACCGACAGGAAGGUUGCACGACUCGUGCGGUCGACGAUGCGGCAAAGAACGGGUUCCUCGAUGUUGUCAAGUGGCUGCUCGAGAAUCGGUCUGAAGGAUAUUCUACCGACUUGGUGGCAGCCAGUGGACGCCUACAUGUUGUGAAAUGGCUGCACAACAAGCAAAAAGAGGGGUGGACCUUGGAGUGUUCAACCAACGCGAUGGAUCACGCAGCCCAAAAUGGACACCUGCAUGUCGUAAAGUGGCUGCAUGAUAACCGGACGGAGGGAUGCACC